UAUUUAAUUCAGUAGGAUAAGGACUUAGCCAAUGUUGUUCUUUCUUCUUUUUGGGAAUUCAAUUCAAUGAACACGCUAUCAUACAUAUUGAAAUCAUCAAUUCAAAGGGGAAUCUACAUAUUAGCAUUUGAAGCCACCAAAAGCACGCCACAUUGCUCUUGCGUCUCCCCUGUUUUCUGAUUUUUCCCAGGCCGCUGGCGCGAUGUUACCGUGGGGAUGAACUUUUGAUAUCCAUAGUCCAGAUUUCUUCAUGAAGGAACGGAUAGUUUAGAUAGAUUUCCUCAAAACGAUGUCGUUUCGUUAAAUAUAAAAACGGCCGCUGGAUCACACAGGAGAAAAUGGACGAUCGAGAUUUGCACCACACUCACCCGCGGAAAUUCUGAAUUUCUGAUCCCAAUUUUAAACGACAUCGUUAAGUUGUCUCGAUUCCGAAUGCAGGUGCAACUAAAGAAGUAAAGAUUGCGCUAAAACCCCUACAGCUUAAGAACCAAAUCGGAGCUUUCCGAUCAUCGUUCAAUCUGCACAAUCACUUCACGGGGCUUCAUUGUUUUUUUUCAACUUCAAAGCUAUAUCUACUUGUGGUUGAGUGAAUGCGGAGGUUCAGUUGGUUAACGCCGCAGUAUCGGCGUCAAGUUCUAGCAUCUAUGGCUUUGGAAGCGCCCGUUGAUCAAGGAAAGUCCAUUAGUAAAUUAUUGUCCUUUAGCCAAUCGCUGUCUAGCAGACGAGCUUUGAUGAGCUGCAAUUUUGCGAAGAUAAAUGACCACUUUGCAAUUUCAAUAAUGCCUUUAAAUUUUCGUUAUAUUCAUGCCACAGCAUUUCUUUCUUCUAUUGAACGAGACUACUAUCAAAUUCUUGGUGUUCCUGAAACUGCCAGUCAGGACGAUAUCAAGAAGGCAUUUCACAGGCUCGCUAAGAAGUACCAUCCUGAUGCAAAUAAGAAUAAUCCAUCUGCCAAGAGGAAAUUUCAAGAUGUAAGAGAAGCUUAUGAGACCUUGAGAGAUUCUAAAAAAAGGGCACAUUUUGACAAGAUGAGAACUUCUGAUUCUGGGAACAUAGAAUAUGAACGGGAUGCCGAAGAACAGUUCAGAAAUGCUCAUAGGGCUCACUUUUCUGAUUCAUUUCACAAAAUCUUCUCUGAGAUGUUUGAAGAAGCAACAACUCAUUCUGCAUCAAAUAUUGAGGUCGAGAUAUCACUUUCUUUCUCAGAAGCUGUUAAGGGGUGCACCAAACGUGUGUCUUUUGAUGCCAUUGUUCCCUGUGAUUUUUGCGAUGGGCGAGGCUAUUCACACAAUGCAAAGGCAAUUGUUUGUCCAACAUGCAGGGGCGUAGGCAGAGUUACAAUCCCUCCAUUUACAUCAACAUGCAUCACUUGUAGAGGAUCAGGCCGAGUCAUCAAGGACCAUUGUAAAUCUUGUGGAGGAUCUGGGGUGGUAGAAGGCAUCAAGGAGGUUAAAGUUACUGUACCAGCAGGUGUGGAUUCAGGAGAUACAAUUCAUGUGCCGGAAGCUGGACAUGCUGCUGGACGUGGAGGUCAACCUGGAAGUCUAUAUAUUAAAAUAAAGGUGGCUAAGGAUCCUGUUUUUGCCAGAGAUGGUGCAGAUAUUUAUGUGGAGUCUAACAUCAGCUUUACACAAGCUAUUCUUGGUGGUGAAGUUGAGGUGCCUACAUUAUCAGGAAAGAUGCUAGUAAAAAUACCUAAGGGCGUUCAACCAGGACAGCUUCUGAUAUUAAGGGGCAAAGGACUUCCAAAGCAUGGUUUUCUUGUGGACCAUGGAGACCAGCUCGUGCGCUUCCGUGUUAACUUCCCCGUGUAGGUUUCCAGUGAUAGCGUCUUAAGAAAUGUGUUGCUUAUUAUGUGAAGAUAUGAUUGAGGCCCCUUUCUGGAAUAUUGGGUUUGUUGCAAAAAUCUUAGCCAAUGUUUAGUAAUAUUAUAGCAUCUUGACAAAUAAAUUACCUUCGUGAUAUAUUUUUUCUGUUACCAGACUGCUAUUGGUAUUUGCAGAAAAUUUGAAAGAAGUCCACUGAUUGACCAGUUAGCAUUGCUGCACACUUCUGUUGUUUCAAAUGCAGUUAUAAGUCCAAUCAUUGGCCUUAGCAUUGCUGCACGAUUCUGGGCAGUUAUAAUUAUAAUUUUUCUACUUGUUAAUAUUUAUGGUUGUUUAGCACUUGAAUAUUACAAGAGGUUUAACGUUGUAGAGUCAUGUUCAAGUGUGAGAAUAGGUAAAUAAAUCAUAAUAAACUUGGCUUCAGUUGGUGUUUCCUGUGAGAAGAUAAGCUGGCAUUUGUGUUCAAUACAAUUAAUGAACGACAACGAGCCAUCCUAGAAGAACUUGCAAAGGAGGAAAUAAAGGAGGGAUACAAUUCACAGAUUGAAGGAAAUUGGCUUCACCAGCAGCUAUCUACUGGUUAAACUUACAGGUGGCAGCAAAUUCUUGAACACGUCACGGGUCCAAAGUUUGUGUUGGAACUAUCCAUGCUGAUG